ACCACAGCAGAAUGACACCAUGUCAGAACAACCAAAAAAUUCUGUUAAUUUACAGUAACUUUCACUCACUCUUCUUCCAUUAUCUCCCACCAAUAUGAAGUCAUAUGGUACCACAAUUUUUGCACAAUUAUUCGGUCUUCUCGCUCUCAUCCUCUUACUUGUUUGGUUGCUGCAUUAUCGUGAGGGCAUUCAAUAUGAUUCCGACGAUCCAUAUCGCGUUUUCAAUGUUCACCCCUUUAUGAUGUUCUUCGGCUUCAUUUUCCUUAUUGGUCAAGCAAUACUAGCAUAUCAAACGGUGCCAGGAACGCAUGAAACGCAGAAGAUUGUUCACUUGACGCUGCAUCUAAUUGCUAUAAUUCUUGGGAUUGUUGGUUUGUGCGCGGUUUUCAAGUUCCAUGAUAUGGUGAACUUGACAGACGUAUACAGCCUCCAUUCAUGGAUUGGCAUUGGCACCUUUUGCUUGUUUGGCUUGCAGUGGCUUUUGGGGUUGGUGUUCAUGUUUCAAGCAUCUCCACAAUCAAGGAAUUCAAUGGCUCCAUGGCACGUAGCAGGUGGCAGGGCACUGUUUUUCAUGGCAAUUUGUGCUGCUCUAACAGGGUUGAUGGAGAAGUACACUUCUUCGAAAUUACUGCCACACCAGAGAGAAUCUCAUUUGAUCAACUUCACAGGUCUAGCAAUUCUCUUGUUUGGAGUUUUUGUCGACAUGGCUGUUGGUUUGGCCCGUUUUUCCUGAAUUGCUUUCUUUCAUUCUCCGUUUCGUUUUUGGAUUUUGGAAUUCCUUCUUCGGUCACUGCAAAUGGCUUGUGUAAUUUCUAUUGAUGUGGAUUCUUGUGGAAUAUAAUUUUACCGAUUCAGGUUGUUUGGUUUCA